AUGGCUGGUGGUGGCGCCCUCAAUAAACUAUUUCCAGGUUAUAAAGAUAAAAUCUGGAACAAACUUCCACUCACACUGAGGCUUAGCCUAAUCAACUCAUGGAACCGUAAACUAAUAUCAACAGUACACAAAGAAUGUGUUGUAACAAACAGUAAGAUGAAGAGUUUUAAUAAGUAUGUGCUUGACCCACUGAAACCUGGAUACGCAUAUAGAUCACCUGCUAUAGAUUAUAAGAAACAGAGAGCAAGAGGAACAUUGAUUGAAGGAGUCGAUUAUUAUUUGCCAACUCUAGGAGCUCAGGAACGUCUGGUCAAGUUUUUCGAACCCUACACAGAAGAGGAGACUGCAAGGCGCAGCCGUUACCGAUACCAGAGCUUGAAAGUAUACGUACUAACAGCACUUGGUGUUACAAUCGUGUAUAACUAUUUACAACGAAGACCAAUAGCAUGGUGUUCAGAUUUAGACCCACCAAAGCCACCAGUUUACCCAUUUUGGUUCAAAAACGCGCUUCACGGACAUGAUAUCCCGAGUGUUCGUAGAGGAUAUGAAGUUUACAGACAGGUCUGCGCAACAUGUCACUCACUAAACUACAUAAAGUUUCGACACUUGGUUGAUGAAGUAUACCCACUGCAGAAAGUUAAGGAAAUUGCAGCUGAGUAUGAAAUUGAAGAUGGACCUAACGAUCAGGGAGAAAUGUUUACAAGGGAUAGGAUUCCUACUGACCCAUUUCCAGCACCAUAUCCAAAUUCUGAAGCCGCGAGAUUUGCCAACAACGGGGCAAUUCCCCCUGAUCUCACUUUGAUGGCUAGUGCCAGGAAACACGGACCAGACUAUAUCUUCUCACUCCUCACAGGUUAUUCGGAACCACCGGAAGGGUUUGACGUCAGAGAAGGACUCCAUUUCAACAACUACUUCAGCGGAGGUUCAAUAUCUAUGGCUCCACCGCUUGAGGAUGGGAUGAUCGAGUAUGAGGACGGAACACCUGCAACCGUCUCACAGAUGGCUAAGGAUGUGGCCAGCUUCAUCACCUGGACCUCAGACCCCAUGCACGACGAGAGGAAGAACAUGUGCUUCAAAAUGAUCGCUGGCACAGCGCUCGGUUCUAUCGCAUUCUCACUGUGGUACAGGUUCUUUUGGGCUCACUUUUCCACCAUGCGUUGGGACUUUAAGAAACUAACCAAAUUUAAAUAA